AUGUCCUACAACAACUUUAGUGGCAAACUACCAUUGAAAUACAUCCAAAAUUGGAAGGCCAUGACCACUACAAACAUUGAAGACUUUGGUUAUAUGAGUUCAACAGUCAAAAACACAACCAACGAUGGCUCUUCAUUGGGGUUUUAUUUCCAAGAUACAAUAGCAAUCAAAGGCAUUAAUAUGUUCUAUGGAAGAAUCCUAAGUAUUAUUGCUGUCAUAAACCUCUCAAACAAUAAAUUUGAUGGAGAAAUUUCUCAUGUUGUUGGAAACUUGAAGAGGCUCUAUUCUCUUGAUUUAUCUUGCAAUCGUCUCAGUGGUGACAUACCACCAUCACUGGGAAAUCUAGCAGAGCUCGAGUCCUUAGACCUUUCCCAAAAUGAGCUUUCAGGGGAGAUCCCUAGUGAUUUGGCCCAACUAUAUUUCCUUCAAUACUUUAAUGUUUCAUACAACCAUCUCUCUGGGCCUAUACCACAACAAAACCAAUUAGCUAAAUUUGAGAGAAGUUCCUACGAGGGAAACUUGGGAUUAUGUGGUAUUCCACUGCCAGACUUGUGUGAAAACUCCAAGCCAUUGGAACCACCACUUCCGUCAUUUGAAGAAAAGUCAAGCUCUCCUCUUCAAUUUGGUUGGAAAGUUGUGGCCAUAGGAUAUGGAUGUGGAUUCUUGAUAGGAUUGUUCAUCGGGAAAGUUGUAAUGGAGAAAAAUCCAAACUGGUUUGUGAUAAUGUUUAAUAUAAGAAGUUGAAGCAAGGAACCAAAGGAUGUGACUGCUCUGGGGUUGAUAUUCUUAGCUCCAUUUUUAUGUAAACCUACUUAUUUU